AUGCUCCCGAUUCUCCUGUCGCUUCUCGCCGCUUCGUCGGUCGCCCAGCCGACCAAGCGUCAGGAUGGCAAGCCGGUCUUCAUGCCGCUGAAGUAUCCGUACAACGGCUACCCCAAGGUCUACGCCGACAUCUACUUCGGCACGCCCGAGCAGACGCCCAUUGAGACGGUCGUCGACCUCGGCAGCGCCGACUACUGGGUCUACGGCCCCAACGCCACCAUCUUCUACGGCAGCCCCUACCUCGGCGUCGAAGGCCCCUGCCACCUGACCCCGGAGCCGUCCUACAACCCCUACGCCUCAUCCACCGCGCAGGGCUUCCACAACCAAACGCGGGGCUUCGCCUACGGCGGCAACGGCAAGAUCCUGACGUCAUACUACUCGGUCAACGACACCAUCAGCUUCUCCCCCGCCUCCUCCUCUUCCUCCUCCGCCCUCUUCCCCUCCCUGGCCAACACCCAAGUCGCCAUCACGAACCGCACCCUCAUCAAGAUCCGCGCCGACCAAUGCACCGGCGUCGACUACGACAGCAGCAUCCUCGGCAUCGCGCAGGCGGGCAGCGGCACGAACCAGGGGCCCUCUUUCCGGCAGAACCUGCUGGACGCCGGCGCCAUAUCCAGCUCCACCCUCUCCAUGUGGUUCGACGCGCCGCCCGCCGGCGUGCGCGACGACUACCGCGGGACCAUGCUGCUGGGCGCCAUCCCGGCUGCCGACGCCGGCAAGUACGCGGGGACGCUGGUGCAGGUGCCGAAGCGGGAGCCGGACGGGUCGGUGGGGUACUACGUCGACCGGCCGGUGUGGCGCGUCGGCGAGCGCGAGGUGAAGUUGUAUACGGGCUACUACAACACGACGACGACGACGUGCCUGCUGGACAGCGGGUCGGGCCAGGACUACCUGCCGCUGGACCAGGACGACUUCCUCGCGGCGAUGGAGGGGGAGGUGGUGAUCUUCAAUGGCCGCCCGGCGUGGAAUGGGACGUGCGAGUCGAUUCCGGGGGAUAAGGCGGUGUCGUUGACGUUUGGCGGCGUGCAGGCGGGGGAGAGCGUGACGAUUGAUGUCCCGUUGAGGAACUGGGCGCGCGGGAAUGCGGAUUUCUAUAACAAUACGAAUAUCUGCGGGCUGAGCAUGGAGCUGAGCAAUGCGGAUAGCUGCGUGCUGGCGAGCCCCUUCUCGUCGGCGGCGUUUUUGGCGGUGAAUGAUGAGUUGGGUCAGAUUGCGUUGGCUCAGGGUGGCGUGUCUUCGGGAGCGGAGGACGGGUAUGAGGGUCUUGGUGAGGUGGAGUACAUUGCGAAGGGCCAGGGUCUGCCGUAA